CGAUCCAUCGCGGGGAGGGCGGCGUGCGAGGCUGGCGCGGCACCGCAACACCCGCACACCCGCGGGGGCCGCUCCCGACCGCGCCAUGAAGGGAGAUGCUGGCGCAGCCCCAUUCUACCUACCCUCUGAGUGAUCAACAGAGAAAUGAUACAUUUUAACAAUGUACUGUGCUCUGCUGCAUGAAUCACAGAAGCUGAAGUUUCUAAACUUUGGGAAGGGGGAUACUGCUGAUACCAUGAACACUAUGUAGAUCUGUAUGGCAUUCAUCCAAACCUGAGUAUUGAGUCAAAGACAUUCUGUGUCUUAAAUCUUCACAGGAGAAGAUGAAAACUUUCACACUGUGUUGUAGAGACUAAUGGGCUGGACCUGGCCCUAGAAGACCAGAAGUUCCGUGUCAUGAUUGAGAUGGAACUCGUACUGGCUUCUGGGGAGUUGGGCUUCCUCCCCAUCUGCCUAGACAAUCAAGUAGUGAAACAUUGCUCAAAAUACCUCCUUUGUUGGAGGUUUUCAAGACCAGACUGGAGUAACCUGAGUAAACUGCAAUAGCCUGGGCUGUCACCAGAGCUGAUACUUCUUGAGCAGGAGGUUUCAUGAUUAUAGAUAAGAGAAGUUAACUUCAGGAUGCUAAAAAGGAAGCAGAGUUCAAGGGUGGAAGCCCAGCCAGUUACAGAUUUUGGUCCUGAUGAAUCUUUGUCAGACAACGCAGAUAUUCUAUGGAUUAAUAAACCAUGGGUGCACUCUCUACUACGAAUUUGUGCCAUCAUCAGUGUUAUUUCUGUGUGUAUGAACACUCCAAAAACCUUCGAGCAUUAUCCGCCUCUCCAGUAUGUGACAUUUGCUCUUGAUACUCUGUUGAUGUUUCUUUACACUGCAGAGAUGAUAGCAAAAAUGCAUAUCCGUGGGAUAGUUAAGGGUGAUAGCUCCUAUGUAAAGGAUCGUUGGUGUGUGUUUGAUGGAUUCAUGGUCUUUUGUCUUUGGGUGUCACUGGUUUUACAGGUGUUUGAAAUAGCCGAAAUAGUUGACCAAAUGUCACCUUGGGGCAUGUUACGGAUUCCACGACCACUCAUUAUGAUUCGAGCAUUCCGAAUAUAUUUUCGUUUUGAACUGCCAAGAACUAGGAUAACAAAUAUCUUGAAGCGUUCUGGAGAGCAAAUAUGGAGCGUUUCAAUUUUCCUUCUGUUCUUUCUUCUGCUGUAUGGGAUCCUGGGAGUACAGAUGUUUGGAACUUUUACGUACCAUUGUGUGACAGACGACACGCAGCCAGGAAAUGUAACCUGGAAUAAUUUAGCUAUCCCAGACACCCACUGUUCCAGAGAGCUAGAAGAAGGUUACCAGUGCCCACCUGGAUUUAAAUGUAUGGACCUUGAAGAUCUGGGACUAAGCAGGCAAGAGCUGGGCUACAGUGGCUUUAAUGAGAUAGGCACAAGUAUAUUUACUGUUUACGAAGCUGCUUCUCAGGAAGGCUGGGUGUUCCUUAUGUACCGAGCAAUUGACAGUUUUCCCCGAUGGCGUUCAUAUUUCUAUUUCAUCACCUUAAUUUUCUUUCUGGCCUGGCUUGUUAAGAAUGUUUUUAUUGCUGUCAUCAUUGAAACAUUUGCAGAAAUUAGAGUGCAGUUCCAGCAGAUGUGGGGGUCCAGGAGCAGUACUACUUCAACUGCCACCACCCAGAUGUUUCACGAAGAUGCUGCUGGAGGUUGGCAGCUUGUGGCUGUUGAUGUGAAUAAACCCCAAGGCAGAGCUCCUGCGUGUCUACAGAAAAUGAUGAGAUCGUCCGUGUUUCAUAUGUUCAUACUAAGCAUGGUUGCUGUCGAUGUGAUUGUUGCUGCUAGCAACUACUAUAAAGGAGAACAUUUCAAGAGACAAUAUGAUGAAUUUUACCUUGCUGAGGUUGCUUUUACGGUUCUGUUUGAUUUAGAAGCUCUUUUGAAGAUCUGGUGUUUGGGUUUCACUGGAUACAUCAGCUCAUCUCUUCACAAGUUUGAGUUGCUGCUUGUAAUUGGAACCACUCUCCAUAUUUAUCCAGACCUCUAUCACUCUCAAUUUACAUAUUUUCAGGUUCUUAGAGUAGUUCGGCUUAUAAAGAUUUCUCCUGCUUUGGAGGAUUUUGUGUAUAAGAUAUUUGGACCAGGAAAAAAACUUGGAAGUUUGGUAGUAUUUACUGCCAGCCUUUUGAUCGUAAUGUCAGCAAUCAGUUUACAGAUGUUUUGCUUUGUGGAAGAACUGGAUAGAUUUACAACCUUUCCAAGGGCAUUCAUGUCAAUGUUUCAGAUUCUUACACAGGAAGGAUGGGUGGAUGUCAUGGAUCAGACACUGAAUGCUGUAGGACAUAUGUGGGCACCAGUAGUAGCUAUUUAUUUUAUACUAUAUCAUCUUUUUGCUACUCUGAUUCUACUCAGCUUGUUUGUUGCUGUUAUUUUGGACAACUUGGAACUUGAUGAGGAUCUAAAGAAACUUAAACAACUAAAGCAAAGUGAAGCUAAUGCAGAUACAAAGGAGAAGCUUCCCUUGCGUCUACGCAUCUUUGAAAAAUUUCCAAACAGACCACAAAUGGUGAAAAUCUCGAAGCUUCCUUCAGAUUUCACAGUUCCAAAAAUAAGGGAAAGUUUUAUGAAGCAGUUUAUUGAUCGCCAGCAACAAGAUACCAGCUGUUUGCUGCGAAGACUUCCUUCAGCAUCUUCUUCCUCUUGUGACCACUCUAAAAGAUCUGCAAUUGAAGAAAACAGAUACAUUGAUCAAAAGGGUAAUCAGAGUACAUUUCUACCAUGUAAUGAAGAGAUGAACAAAGACCUUAAAGUUGUCUCAGCCACACAGCUCCGUAAAUCUGUUUUCAGCAUCAGAGCAAGAAACCUUCUGGAAAAAGAGACAGCAAUCAAUAAAAUACUAAGGGCCUGCACUAGACAACGCAUGCUGAGCGGAUCAUUUGAGGGGCAGCCAGCAAAGGAAAGGUCAAUACUUAGUGUCCAGCAUCAUAUACGACAAGAACGCAGGUCACUGAGACACGGUUCAAACAGCCAGAGAAUCAGCAGAGGAAAAUCUCUUGAAACAUUGACUCAAGAUCACUCCAACACAGUGAGAUACAGAAAUGCACAGAGAGAAGACAGCGAGAUAAAGAUGAUCCAAGAAAAAAAGGAACAAGCUGAAAUGAAAAGGAAAGUCCAGGAGGAGGAGCUGCGAGAGAAUCACCCGUAUUUCGAUAAACCCCUUUUCAUAGUUGGCCGAGAGCACAGAUUCAGGAACUUCUGCCGAGUGGUGGUACGGGCUCGCUUUAAUGCUUCUAAAACAGAUCCUGUUACUGGAGCUGUGAAAAAUACCAAAUAUCAUCAGCUUUACGACUUGCUGGGUUUGGUUACUUACCUGGACUGGGUCAUGAUCAUUGUUACGAUAUGCUCCUGCAUUUCCAUGAUGUUCGAAUCCCCUUUUAGAAGAGUUAUGCAUGCUCCAACACUCCAGAUUGCUGAAUAUGUUUUUGUAAUAUUCAUGAGCAUUGAGCUUAAUCUGAAGAUUAUGGCAGAUGGCUUGUUCUUUACACCAACAGCUGUCAUUAGGGACUUUGGAGGAGUUAUGGACAUAUUUAUAUAUCUUGUGAGUUUGAUAUUCCUGUGCUGGAUGCCUCAGAACGUCCCUGCCAAAUCUGGCGCUCAGCUCUUAAUGGUGCUUCGCUGCCUCCGACCUCUUCGAAUUUUCAAACUGGUCCCUCAGAUGAGGAAAGUGGUGCGAGAGUUGUUUAGUGGCUUUAAGGAAAUUUUUUUGGUUUCUAUUCUUUUACUGACGUUAAUGCUUGUUUUCGCAAGCUUUGGAGUGCAGCUAUUUGCUGGAAAACUGGCUAAAUGCAAUGACCCUCACAUCAUCUCUAGGGAAGACUGUCAUGGCAUCUUCAGAAUAAAUGUAAGUGUUUCCAAAAAUCUCAAUUUAAAGUUAAGACCUGGAGAGAAAAAGCCCGGAUUUUGGGUGCCACGAGUCUGGGCAAAUCCUCGGAAUUUUAAUUUUGACAAUGUGGGCAAUGCAAUGCUGGCACUAUUUGAAGUUCUGUCAUUAAAAGGCUGGGUGGAAGUCAGAGAUGUUAUUAUUCAUCGUGUUGGACCGAUCCAUGGAAUCUACAUCCACGUUUUUGUAUUCCUUGGCUGCAUGAUUGGACUGACCCUUUUUGUUGGAGUUGUCAUCGCUAAUUUUAAUGAAAACAAGGGGACAGCUUUACUGACUGUAGAUCAGAGGCGAUGGGAAGAUCUGAAAAGCAGACUGAAGAUAGCACAACCUCUUCAUCUCCCACCUCGUCCGGAUAAUGAUGGCUUUAGAGCGAAGAUGUAUGAUAUAACCCAGCAUCCAUUUUUUAAGAGAACUAUUGCUGUACUUGUUCUGGCCCAGUCUGUGUUAUUAUCAGUUAAGUGGGAUGCUGCAGACCCAGUGACUGUGCCUUUAGCAACAAUGUCUGUUGUUUUCACCUUCAUUUUUGUCCUUGAGGUCACAAUGAAGAUUAUUGCCAUGUCACCUUCUGGCUUCUGGCAAAGCAGAAGAAAUCGGUAUGAUCUCUUGGUGACAUCUCUUGGAGUUAUAUGGGUCAUACUUCACUUUGCCUUACUGAAUGCAUACACAUACAUGAUGGGGGCAUGUGUAAUUGUCUUCAGGUUUUUCUCCAUUUGUGGGAAGCAUGUAACACUAAAAAUGCUUCUCCUGACUGUGGUUGUCAGCAUGUACAAGAGUUUCUUCAUCAUAGUGGGCAUGUUCUUACUGCUUCUUUGUUAUGCUUUUGCUGGAGUGGUGUUAUUUGGUACAGUGAAAUAUGGAGAGAACAUUAACAGACAUGCAAAUUUUUCAUCAGCUGGCAAGGCUAUUACUGUACUCUUCAGAAUAGUUACUGGAGAAGACUGGAACAAAAUUAUGCAUGACUGCAUGGUUCAGCCUCCAUUUUGUACACCAGAUAACAGCACCUACUGGAAAACAGACUGUGGAAAUUAUGCUGGUGCUCUUAUGUAUUUCUGUUCUUUCUAUGUCAUCAUUGCAUACAUCAUGCUAAAUUUGCUUGUUGCUAUCAUUGUGGAGAAUUUCUCACUGUUUUACUCAACCGAAGAAGAUCAGCUUUUAAGUUAUAAUGAUCUAAGGCAUUUUCAAAUUAUAUGGAACAUGGUUGAUGACAAAAGAGAGGGUGUAAUCCCUACCUUCCGAGUGAAAUUCCUGCUGAGGCUUCUGCGAGGCAGGCUGGAGGUGGAUCUCGACAAAGACAAGCUGCUGUUCAAGCACAUGUGCUAUGAAAUGGAGCGGCUCCACAAUGGUGGUGAUGUCACUUUUCAUGAUGUGCUCAGCAUGCUUUCAUAUAGGUCUGUUGAUAUCAGAAAAAGUCUUCAACUGGAAGAGCUGCUUGCUAGGGAACAACUGGAAUAUACCAUAGAAGAGGAGGUGGCUAAACAGACCAUACGAAUGUGGCUGAAAAAGUGCUUAAAGCGAAUCAGAGCAAAACAGCAGCAGUCAUGCAGCAUUAUCCAUAGCCUACGAGAGAGCCAACAGCAGGAGUUGAGCCGAUUUCUGAAUCCUCCCAGCAUUGAGACAACACAGCCAAGUGAAGAUAUGAACGCUAUUAAUCAAGAUAACAGUGCACAGCCAGAGACAAGUAGCCAGCAGCAGCUCCUCAGCCCAACACUUUCUGACAGAGGUGGCUAUAGACAAGACACUGGAGAUGCUGGGAAACCUCAACGGAAAUUUGGACAAUGGCGCUUGCCGUCAGCCCCUAAACCAAUAAGCCAUUCAGUGUCUUCAGUCAACCUCCGUUUUGGUGGACGUUCAACUAUGAAGUCUGUUGCAUGCAAAAUGAAUCCCAUGUCCGAUGCUGCUUCCUGUGGAUCAGAAGUCAAGAAAUGGUGGACAAGACAAUUAACUGUAGAGAGUGAUGAGAGUGGAGAGGAUCUUCUUGAUAUCUGAGAAGCACUUAAGUCAAUCCACAAUCUAAUUUUCUAUGUUUAGAAUUAAAUAUGCUGUGUGAUGUACGAUUUCUUUAAAAUCAAUGUCAUAAAUUUUCUUAUGCUUAUCCUUCUGCCAUAUGAAGUGUAGCACACACUUCUGUGUUAGAAUUGACUUCUGUAGGUACUAACUGUACUCUAAGAAACCUGUAUACUAUAGCAGUACUAACAAAGCCAGAAAGACUAUAUUGCCUUUUUGCAGACAGAUUACUGAGAGUUCAUGUAUUCUAUAGAAUCGUAGUGAAAAUUUAAUAUACACACCCCUGUGUUUUCCUUCAAUCUUUACCAUACUUUAAAGUGGCAACACUUUACAAUACAGGGGUAAUGUAUUUCUUCUUGUUGUGUUUUCCCUCAGUUCUUACUUAGCACUAAGUUUCUUUGGAAAAAUUUUAUUAUUCACAAAUGACCUGAAGAGGUCAGCACUGACUUCAUAUUCAAGGGAAGUAUUUUUACUAAGUACAGAUACUGAAUUACAAUUCUGAGCUUUCUCUGGACAUUUUUUUUAAAAUAUGCAAGAUACAGGAUUACUCAUUUUAAAAUCAGAAGGUAAAGGAUUGGCUUGUAAAAUGUAAAUAUAUUUGAGGUUUGGUUAAUUACGCAAAGAACUUGAUUUUCAUAGAGAAAACAGGGUGAGGGGGGAAGGAAAAAAAUACAUGAAAAAUACAUUUAACCAUCCAGCGGAAGAUUUUCACAUGAAAGACACGGGUUUAUGCUUCAUUUUCAGCAUAUACUAGUUACAUAUGUGUGAUGUCAUUAUUCUUCUUUUAACUGGGUCCCAUUUUUCUUGUGUAGUCGUAAGAUUUUCUUCUUGUCUGUGAUAAAAAUUAGCAUGUUGGGGAUUCUAAUCACAAAGUAGUAUUGUAUGUCUUUAAAAAUAUGUUCAGUUUUGCCUGCAUAGGUAGAAUUUUAUUUUCCCAUGUUAAGGCUCAUGCUACAGGCCUGCAAAGGUAAGGCAUGGCACUGUGCUGUGGCUAAGUACCUUUGUCCCUUUUAUCCCAACACAUCAUAUGUGACAUGUUAGCCUUCACUUGUUUUAUGAGCCACCAAUAGCACUACAUUAUCUCCAGUGAAAAAGCAGCUAUCGCUUUCAUAAAAGCUUUUCCAGUGAAAGGCCAAUGCUAUACGGAUAUGGAGGUAAAGAAGGAAAGCCACAAAACACAACUGUGUUUGCUAGUUUCAGAAUCUAAGGCUGUCAAAAAAUGUGGGGUAAAAUUGUGCCCUUCCCUCAGGGAAGAACUAAGAGGUUGCAGAUUUUGUUGCUUGGCCCCUGACUAGGUUUUAUAGCAUAGCUGGGACCUUUCUGUUACCAUUGUUUCCUAUGGAAAUGAUAGUUUGCUCUAACAUGGCCUGAUGUGAGAUCUAGUAAGAGGCUCACGGUUUAUUUACAUCACCACUUCAAAAAGAUGUCCUUUCAAAAGCAGACAAAAGCCAGUGUUUUGCAACUUUUUCUGGCCAAGAUAUUAAUUUAAAGUGGUCAGAAUACAACAUUGAAAACACACAGAUGCCUUCACCAAAAAUGCAAACUUAGUUUUGGCCAUGAAAUACCACUUUCUUAUCAUCUGUCAGUGUUUUUUCCCAGUGUAUGGUUGAACAUUGUUUAGAUUUUUCUUUUCCCCUAAAAUAAUCAUAUUGAACACAUCUGUAUUUGUGGGGGGAUUAUGUGUUUUGGGGUAUAUUUAAGUUUAAAUCUAGUCAACUGUAACACUAUAGUAAAAGAAUAUGGCCAUGAAAUACUGCUUUCUUGGCAUCUAUCAAUGUUUUUUCCCAGUGUAUGGUUGAACAUUUUUUAGGUUUAUUUUUCCUAAAAUAAUCAUA